UCUGGUAUCCUUCUCGGCCUCUUUCGCCUCCUGGUGCCAUUUGCCUUAGCGGCCACGUUCUACAUUUACUUGUACCCGGCGUUCAAACAAUGCAGCUUUCCCGAAGCUCGCAACUCUUCUCUAAACACGCACCAUGAUGCCGCCUCAACAUCGAGCCACAAGGCACCAUUUCGCCUCCUCGCCCUCGCCGAUCCGCAGUUAGAAGGCGACACUUCGCUUCCCAGUUCCGAUUCGCCGGCAUUUCCGAAUUUUGAACGGCUGUUGAAAGAUGUCGAAAAAGAUGGGCUUGGAGUUUUGUCUACGAGCUGGCGAAGCAGGAUAGAGGACUUGCUGCAUGAGGAUAUAGUCCGGACAAUAAGAGGAUAUCGAAAGCGUCUGGACCUCUGGGGUAAUGACAGAUAUCUGGCGCAUAUCUACAGGGCGAUGCACUGGUGGUCGGAUCCUACCCACAUAGUUGUGCUGGGAGAUUUGCUUGGAAGUCAGUGGAUCGACGACGAGGAGUUCUCGAGUCGGACUAGAAGGUUUUGGAACACAGUCUUCAAGAGCGGGCAUGUCGUUCCUCGGGAGAUCACGGAUGCGAAUGAAUAUCACGCCGAAGUGCUUGGACAAGAUCCGACCUGGAAGAAUAGGAUCAUUGCUGUUGCUGGCAAUCACGACAUAGGAUAUGCUGGAGACAUCACAUUGGAACGCAUGCCUAGGUUCGAGGAUGCCUAUGGAAGAGUGAACUGGGAAGUCCGCUUUGCGUUGAACAAGCUUCCUGCCGCUCCUGAGCUUCGUUUGGUUAUUCUCAACUCGAUGAACCUGGACGGGCCCGCAUACGAGCAGGAUCUGCAAGCGGAAAGUAUGGAAUUCCUCGAUCGGCAUCUGCACAACGGAGACCUUCCUCCAAGCACAGCUACCAUCUUGCUUACGCACAUUCCGCUAUACAAGGAAGAGGGUGUCUGCGUUGAUGGACCGUUCUUCGAUCACUUUCCCGAAGGCAACGGUAGAGGAAUCAAAGAGCAGAACCAUCUUAGCAGUGCAACAAGCGAGAGAAUCCUAGAGGGCUUGACCGGACCGAACGGAAACGGUAGUGCCAUCGUCUUGAACGGACAUGAUCACGAAGGAUGCCUCGUCUACCACGCAAGCCUGAAAACGGGUAUGGAGAUCAUCAAUGAACAGACGCCAAUAUGGGCAGCGUACGAGUAUCACUCUCCUGAAGGUGCACUAGCUCGCCAUCCUAGCCGGACCGGCGUGCGAGAGGUCACUGUACGCAGCAUGAUGGGAGAUUUCGGCGGCAAUGCCGGUUUAGUCAGUGCAUGGUGGGAUGAAACGGCCGGACAGUGGCGAUUCGAGUAUGCAGACUGUCUGUUUGGAGUACAGCAUAUCUGGUGGGCGGUGCAUGUGUUUGACGUUGUUGCUGCUUGCAUUGGGUUGCUCGGAGCGCUUGCU